AUGCGGUUCGCACACGGACCACGCCAUUCACAAUUAUCUUCCAAGAUCGGAACCUCUGGUCUCAAGCUCGAGGACGCAAACGCACUCGGUACCCGGGUGCCCGUGUCCGGCGACGCUACCGUGAUCCUGACAGGCUGGUGCGCCGUCAUCUUGAGCGGUGGCCAUAUUUCCGCAGCCAGACAUCGUGUCCGUCGUGUUCCUGGUGUGCGGAGAUUGAGCGCUUUUUUGUUUGUUGCGCCGGAUCUCGACGUGCCGCUGAAGCCGUUGGAGGGUGUGUUGCCUGUUAGAAAGUUUUCAGAUAUGGUUAAGAGGGGGGACAUGGAUGCUGAUACGUUUAAGCAGGUUAUGGGAAAGAGGUAA